GAAUCAAUCCCACUGCCUAGCCUGAGAUUGGGCUACGAUUUUCCUCUCUGUAAGGUUGCAUGCCUGCUUUGGAUCGUAAACAAUGUCCAACCCAAAUGGCUUACCUUGGCUCACGUUUUUUCUCGCCCCAGCCUUGAAUGUAAACAACCUGCUCUGGAUAACGAGCGUCGUCGUGAGAAUCACCUUCCUGAGUUGUCAGGAAAACUACCCCAUCGUCACCACAAACUACGGGAAGCUAAGGGUAUCAGAACACCGCUGCCCAAUGAGAUCCUGGGUCCCGUGGACCAGUACUUGGAAUACCAUAUGCCUCGGCUCCUACGGGCGAGAGACGCUUCCAGCAUCCCGAGUCCCCGUCCUCCUGGACCGGUGUCAGGAAUGCCACUCACUUUGCUCCAGUUUGUCCGCAAAACAUUCAAGGGAUUUUGCCCGACGUCAUGCUCCCUGUUUGGUUCACCUCCAAUUUGGAUAUUGUGGCCACUUCCGUUCAUGACCAGAGCGAGGACUGCCUUUAUCUGAAUGUCUAUGUCCCGACCGAGAAUGGAGCCAACACAAAGAAACCAGCUGAUGAUAUAGCCAGUAAUGAUGAUGGUGAAGAUGAAGAUAUUCAUGACAAUGGCCCUAAGCCGGUGAUGGUGUACAUCCACGGUGGAUCCUACAUGGAGAGCACUGGCAACCUGAUUGACGGCAGCAUCCUGGCAAGUUAUGGAAACGUCAUCGUGGUUACACUCAACUACAGGCUGGGCGUGUUAGGCUUUCUAAGCACAGGUGACCAGGCUGCCAAAGGGAAUUAUGGGUUGCUUGACCAGAUCCAAGCACUAAGGUGGAUUAGUGAAAACAUCGGAGCUUUUGGAGGAGAUUCAAUGCGAAUUACUGUCUUUGGUUCUGGCGCUGGAGCCUCCUGUGUGAGCUUGUUGACUCUCUCCCAUUAUUCAGAAGGUCUGUUCCAGAAGGCGAUAAUCCAGAGUGGGACAGCCUUAUCCAGCUGGGCUGUUAAUUACCAGCCUGCCAAGUACACCCGCCUGCUGGCCGAGAAGGUUGGCUGCAGCAUGCUCGACACCAUUGACCUGGUGGAGUGCCUGCGGAUGAAGACGUACAAGGAGCUGAUAGAGCAGGACAUCAUGCCUGCCCGCUACCACAUCGCUUUUGGGCCCGUCAUCGAUGGCGACGUCAUCCCGGACGACCCCCAGAUCCUGAUGGAGCAGGGGGAGUUCCUCAACUACGACAUCAUGCUGGGUGUCAACCAAGGGGAAGGGCUGAAGUUCGUGGAGAACAUGGUGGACAACGAGGACGGCAUCUCGGCCAGCGACUUCGACUUUGCCGUCUCCAACUUCGUUGACAACCUCUAUGGCUACCCGGAGGGAAAGGACACACUGAGGGAGACCAUCAAGUUCAUGUACACAGACUGGGCGGACAAAGAGAAUCCAGAGACCCGUCGGAAGACGCUGGUGGCGCUCUUCACCGACCACCAAUGGGUGGCACCAGCAGUGGCCACGGCAGACUUGCACGCCCAGUAUGGCUCCCCCACCUACUUCUAUGCCUUCUACCACCACUGCCAAAGCGAUAUGAAGCCUGGCUGGUCCGACGCUGCCCACGGUGACGAGGUCCCCUACGUCUUUGGUGUCCCCAUGAUUGGCCCCACCGACCUCUUCCCCUGCAACUUCUCCAAGAAUGACGUUAUGCUCAGCGCGGUGGUCAUGACCUACUGGACCAACUUUGCAAAAACCGGUGAUCCGAAUCAACCUGUCCCACAAGACACAAAGUUCAUUCACACGAAGCCAAACCGGUUCGAGGAGGUGGCUUGGUCAAAGUACAACCCGAAGGAUCAACUUUACCUGCACAUCGGCCUGAAGCCAAGGGUGCGUGAACACUACCGAGCCACCAAGGUAGCCUUCUGGUUGGAACUGGUCCCCCACUUGCACAACUUGAACGAGAUCUUCCAGUACGUCUCGACCACCACGAAGGUCCCGCAAACGGACUCCACCCCCUUCCCCUACGUGACCCGGCGGGCCCCUGGCAAGCUCUGGUCGUCCACCACCAAGCGCCCACCAUUGACUCCUUCCCACAACCCCAAGCAGGCCAAGGAAACCCGCAAGUCUAGCCCAGAGGAAACAACGGUGUUGAUCGAGGACAAGCGGGACUACUCGACGGAGCUGAGCGUCACCAUCGCGGUGGGAGCCUCCCUGCUCUUCCUGAACAUCCUGGCCUUCGCCGCCCUGUACUACAAGAAGGACAAGAGGCGGCACGAGACGCACCGGCGCCAGAGCCCGCAGAGGGGCGCGGCCAACGACCUGGCCCACCUGCAGAACGAGGAGAUCAUGUCCCUGCAGAUGAAGCAGCUGGAACACGGGCAUGAGUGCGAGGCGCUGCAGACCCACGACACCAUGAGGUUGACUUGCCCGCCCGACUACACGCUCACGCUGAGGAGGUCUCCAGAUGACAUCCCGCUCAUGACGCCCAACACCAUCACCAUGAUCCCCAACACCUUGGCUGGAAUGCAGCCCUUGCACACUUUCAACACAUUCACCGGAGGCCAGAACAGUACAAACUUGCCCCACGCACAUUCGACGACUAGAGUAUAGCUCUCUGGGCAAGAGAGGUCCCCGCAUUUGUUGAGUAGGGAGCUCAUUUUGGAAAUGAUUUUAUCAUGAGUUAAAGCACUGGAAAACCACCUGGAUCCUACAAGAAGAAU